AUGGCAGAGGCAUUCCUUACAACAGUUCUUGAAAAACUGAGCACGUUAAUCUAUGAUGAGUACGUACGGAUUACCGGUGUGGGUAAGGAGAUGAAGAAGCUCUCCGACACUCUAACCACCAUCCAAGCUGUGGUCGAAGAUGCUGAAAUGAAGCAGAUUGAAAGCAAGGCCAUACAAAACUGGCUACUCAAGCUCAAUGACCUUAUCUAUGAGAUCGAUGACAUAUUGGAUGAGUAUGCAACAAAAAUCUCAAAAUUGAAGCACAACAACAGCAAAAUCGGUCUCUUUAAUCUGAAGAAUAUAAUUUUUCGGCGAGAAACUGGAAGAAGAAUCCAGCAAGUCAUAGAACAAUUGGACGCAGUUGCUGCAGAGCGCACAAAGUUUCACUUGCGCGAGAUUGCUAUCGAGAGGCCAGUCGAGGCGGCUGCCGUACGUGAGACUGGUUCCCGUUUGAACGAGUCUCAUAAAGUUUAUGGUAGGGGAAAAGACGCAGAGAAGAUUAUUGACAUCUUGGUCAACUGUGUGGGAGACAGUGAAGAACUCUCCAUUCUGCCUAUUAUUGGCGUUGGAGGCCUUGGCAAGACGACUUUUGCUCAAUUAGUCUACAACGAUCAACGGGUCGUCGACCAUUUCGACAAGAGAAUUUGGGUUUGCGUCUCCGACAAUUUCGAUGUCAAGGCUUUGCUGAAAGCCAUGAUUGAAUCUUGGACUAGAAAUGCUUCGGAUUUAGCAAACUUGGAUGCUUUACAACACCGCCUCUGGGAGUUGCUGAACAACAAAAGGUACUUGCUUGUAUUGGAUGAUGUUUGGAACGAUGAUCAAGAGAAGUGGUCUCAGUUGAAAAACGUUGUGUCGUGUGGCUCAAAAGGGAGUUCGAUUAUCGUCACCACACGCCUCAAAAAAGUUGCUGAUAUAAUGAGAACACUCCCAUCCCAUUACUUGACGGGACUGUCGAAAGAGCAUUGUUGGAUGUUGAUCCAAGAACGCGCGUUCGGACAGGAGAAAGAGAAAUUUCCCAACCUCGAAGCAAUUGGGAGGCAGAUAGCGAACAAGUGUGCUGGUGUUCCUUUGGCUGCUAAGGCGCUUGGAGGUCUGUUGCGGUUCAAGAGGACUGAGAAGCAAUGGAUUUAUGUGAAAGAAAGUGAAAUAUGGGAAUUACCUCAUGAAGAAACUCUGAUACUGCCAGCCUUGAGAUUGAGUUACCAUCAUCUUCCUUUAGCUUUGAGACAGUGUUUUGCUUAUUGUGCUACAUUUCCGAAGGAUACUUUUAUUCGAAAAGAAGAAUUAAUCUUCAUGUGGAUGGCACAUGGAUAUAUUUCAUCAAGGGGAGCAUUAGAAGUGGAAGAUGUUGGCAAUGAUAUAUGUAAUGAGCUAGUUUUGAGAUCCCUUUUGCAACAUGUUCCAAAUCGAGUUACAAAAAAACCCGAUUUGAUUAUGCACGAUCUUCUUCAUGAUCUCGCCCAAUCAAUCAUGGAGAACAAAAUUCCCGGAACGCACGUCCCAAGGACGGCAAACGUCGUCACAAUUUGUUGCCUUUCCUACGAGUAA